UUUAUUUUAAACACAAACAGCCAGUUAAACCAAACUGAACAGUAGUUGUUCUUUGGGACACAGGAGUGGAUCUUUAAAGCUGAGAGAUUUAAAAGGGACUAAGGAGUUUCCCAAGUGGGGAUCCGUGUAUGCACAGAGCCCCUCCAUUAUGCGCUCCAUUUCUCCUUCCCAAUACUUCUCCCUGCUAACACGCCACCCCUCCCCUCUCACUUCCACUGCACACAGUAAAUCCAGCGCCUGCAGUGCCUGAUCGAGCCAACCCAAAAGAUCCAUAAGAUGCAGUAGUAAACUCUCAGCUUGCACAGGGAGGAGAAGAGGGACUGAACUGCACGCGAGUUUAGGGCAGAACACCUGCACCGUACAAGUUUGAAGGGGUCAAAUACUAAGAUAGCCAUACAGAGGAGAGAAGGUGUGGGGUGGGAGGGAGGAAAAAAAAAAAUUCACCUUCAGCAGAGCGCCAGCUGGUCCCGAGCUUGAAAGCAGCAGAGAGGAGAGAGAAGAGGUGCUGAGCGGCAAAAAGGAGGAGAGAAAAAGUGACUGGAAUGAUAAGAUGAGGAGCAGGCCAGUAAUGUUGAAGUCGUUUCUUAAUGAGGCCUUCCUGGAGCUGGUGCUCGUGCUGUGGCUCGGGCUCCGCGUCCUGGCCGUGUGCCCCUCCGUGUGCUCCUGCAGCCGCAGCCACAGAGAGGUGGACUGUUUCCGGAGGAGCCUGAGAGAGCUCCCCGACGGCUUGCAGCACAACAUCCUCUCCCUCAACUUGUCCCACAACCGGCUCGUCCAUCUGGACGACAGGCUCGCCUCGUACACCCACCUCCGCGUCCUGGAUGUGUCCCACAACAGGCUGAGCCGCCUUCCCAGAGGCCUGCCUCGCUCCCUCUGGGAGCUCCACGCCUCGUCCAACCACAUCCAGCUGCUGGACAAGAACGACACGGUCUACCACUGGAACCUGAAGACCCUCGACCUCUCGGGCAACAAGGUAGAGAGGGCCGUCUUCAUCAACAACACAAUGCCUGAGCUGCGGAUGCUCAACCUCAGCAAAAAUCACUUCUAUACUUUGCCCACCAACCUGCCUGCGCACCUGGAGAGUGUCGAUCUAUCCCACAACAUGCUUCUGAAGGUGCUGCCGGGCUCUCUUGACCGACUCCCAAAGUUAACCCACUUCUACCUACACUCUAACCGCUUCUCCUCACUGCCCUUUGGAGUUUUGGACAAGAUGGUUUCACUUAGAGUCGUCACUCUGGGUAGCAACCCUUGGGCUUGCCACCUUCAUGAGGUCGACUACUUGCUUUCUUGGACUCAGAGCACCUCGGCGCUUGUCCUCGGCUGCCCCUGCUACACCCAGCCUGUGUGUGGAGUGACGCACUCCAGCAGGACUGGAGGUUUGCACUUUGGCUCCUUUGUUCUGCCUCCUCUGGCAGUCGGGGCCUCAGAUCUGAGCUCGGUGUCGCCUGAAGACAGCGUCACGCGGUGGUACUGGUCCGUCUCCGCUCAGCAAAGCACGCCCCAAACCCGCAGGGAGUCUCUAAACAUGGGGCACGAUGCCUUCACGGAAACAGCCAUCAGCAUUUCCACCUUAACGAUUAAUCACCUGGCUAGAACCGGCAGCCGAGAGGACAUAGAUCAUCUCACCUUAGGCACAAAGGAAGCUUCCUCCUCAGCCCCGCUCCACACCGCAGACGCAUCCCAUUUCUCUGACAAAAGUCUCAUUACCGACACAUCCAAGGGAAACGGCGAGGAGCUGGCCACCGAUCGAUUCUUUAUAACGGAGGCCUCCUCCACCCAAACAAAGAGGACAGCCACUCUACGCACCAGAAGCGUCAGGAGACAGAAUCAGUUGCCUUCCGGAGGCAUCAGAAACAGCAGCCCAACCUUCUCCUGGUUUGGUUUCCUUCACAACUUGUGGCUUUUCCCUCUCGUUUUGCCUCAAGUCAUCUGGCGGACGGUGUGAAGAGUUUGCGGCGAAAUGUGAAUUUAAAGCAAAAAAUAAUAAUAAAAGUAAUAAAGCACAAGAGAGAUGAUACUGGAACAGUUGUUGCAUCCACAGAAGUCAUGUCUCCAGAGAAAGUUUAGAUAGUAAAAAAAAAAAGAAAAGAAAAGAAAAUAGAAAUUAUGUCUUUAACCACUUGUUUUGGAUUCACACUAAUGCCAGCAAAAUGGAUUUUUAGAAAAUGUGAAAAUGGGGUGUUCAUCUCUUCAUGUUAUUGCCUCAACAUUUGACACCAUCCUUCAUGGAACUCCAAUCUGUGUGUGUGGCAUUAUUUUGGAGACUGACACACAAUGAUUCAAACAAACAUCGAGGUGCAGCGGCUUAUGAAAACUCUUAUCAUCUGCUAUGUUACAACUGAAAAACUUCAGAGUAUUUCAUUAGGAUUUUACAUGGUUGAAAGGUAGAGAGAAAGAUGGAUGCAUGGUCUUUAGACGUUUUCCCAAGCAAAAACCUGGCCAAAUUUGCACGUGUUCACUGUUAAAAAUCUGGUAUUUUUCCUUCCUCUUCACAAAAACAAAGAACUUCUGUCUUCAAAACAACAUCAACCCUAGAAAGCGAGAAAAUGUGAACCACUUAAAGAUGUGUGAAUAAUUAUACACGGCGCUGCAUAAGGUCACAUUUACUGAUCCAAAGCAUGUCUUGCCAACUGGAACUGUGCCUUUACAGCAACGUACCAUCCGUAUGACGCCACCGAUGUUGUGUUUGAAAUGGUUUUGCUAACGAGAGGCUGACGGUAACUUCCCAUCAUUCGCUCUCAGAGUCUCAUUUAGGAACUAUCUUAAAAAUUGUUGCAAUUCGUUCAACAGACAAUUUACAAUUUAGAUAAUUGUCCACAAAGCUCUGAAAGUCAAUGUGGAGUCUGUGAAACUUGUAAUAGUUCGGAGGUGUUGUUUUGUUGUUGUUGUUGUUCUUGUUUGUGUCUGGAGUACCUUUAAUGAUGGGAGUGUUUAGAAGCCCAAGCGGAGUAUCACCAGAAAAUUAAUGUGAGAGGGCCGAGAGUUCGCAGCCAAUCUGCAUCAACUUUUCAGCCUCAUUAGUUCUGUUUGGAAUGAAUGCUUCUCGGUCUUUGCAAUUUUACACAGAUAAAGCCCUGAUCUCCUCUGAUGAUCCCUCCCCGUUCUUUGUUUUGUUUUUUUGUUUUUUCUUCCAAAAGACAGGCCCUCUCUCAAAUGCUCUUUCCUUCCACAUUUUAAGCAGCAAUCCUCUCUUGGCACUCUUCAGCCUUUACGCCAUGGACAUAAAAGCUUUUUUUUAAUUUUUUUAUUAAAAUAAAAAUUAAAAAAUGGCGCAAUAUUUGUAAAGCUGCUUCUUUUAAAAGACUCUUCUUGAACAUUUGGGAGGAAAAACACAACAAUGAAUGUAAUGAAUGAAGUUAAGCACAUGAUGGCACUAUACAUUCAGCAAACAGCUUGUUGUGCAGCUGAAUCCUUCUUUGACUUUCUGCCAACGCUGCCUGAAAAGCUUUUUUUUUGUUACACCUGCGGUUCACAAUGGAUGUUCAGUGUCAUUUGUAAUUUUCUCACUUAUUUCAUUUUUAAUUGCAAGUUUUAUUUUGCUUUCUGAAACCCACAUUUUUUUUCUUAGCUUUUUAACAAAUGCAGCGUUCUCUUUUAAUCAAAACCGAAUUUGUGCGGACGUCCCCAGUCCCUGUUUUUGUGUGAUUCUGCUAACUCAUUGUGAGCUUUCUGUGCAGGAGCCAACAUCUCCCUGGACAGGAUGUAUACAUUUGUAACGACACGAGCUUAACAGGAAGCAACAGAGACUCUGUCGAACAGAGGGUAAACAAGUGGACAAUAUAUCUAAUGAACAGCGAGUGCAGAGCGCCUCUUGCGUAUUUUGAUCACAUCUUAGACUUAACUGUCCUUCAUGAUUCACUGACGCUAGUGAAAAUCAUCUGCAUGGCGACUGAACGUUUGGGGAAUGCAAACUUCCUGGUGUUUUACUGCAGAGCAUUAAAGCGUAGAGAUUACAAUUUGUUUUUGUUUUUUUUCUUUUCCCGUAGAAUGCUAAGAUAUUCAAAUCCUCCUGAUUGCAUUAAACAGCUGUGAUGCACCACUCUGCAGCUUUUUUCUUUUUUUUCUUUUUUUUUUUUUUUUACAAUUUCAUGUUAUUGGCAUAAAGACGCAUAACUUGCCAGAAUAAUAAGGUAUUCAACACCGUACAGCGGGCUGCAUUUGAUGAACUAAAAGAAGAACCGGUGCCAGAGAAUUUAGAAGUUUGUUUUGGUGACUUCUUCUUCAAGGUUCUG